AGAACGAAAAUGAACAACGACGACAGUCCAGUUUUACUUUAUGCACAUCCGUCGAUGUAUUUGCUGGCAGAAGAAAUUGUCAACAUGUGUACAAGGCUAUCUAACGAAUGCAGCCAAUCUUCUCAAGCCGAUACACCGUCUGUCAGCAAACGAUCGUGUACACAAGAUUUGAUUGAGAGAACCUUUUCCUUAAGUGGCAAUGGCUUAAGAGCUGUGAUAUUUAGAAAAACCAUUCAGUGGAAAAAGUUUCAAGAUGGUUUUCCAAACUUGUUCAUUGAAGAUGUCAAAUAUAUGGCAGGGAAAGAUGUUAUAUUUAUUGGAAGUUUUCAUACACCAGAACUCAUCUUUGAACAGCUAUCAGUUUUAUACAGUUUCCCAAGAUAUUUAGCAAAAUCGUUUCACUUUAUCCUGCCCUACUUUCCUACAGGUACAAUGGAAAGGGUAGAUACUGAAGGACAAAUAGCCACUGCUAAGACAUUAGCAACCCUUAUUUCAGCCAUACCUCUAACAGCAAAGGGACCAGCACAGAUUUGUAUUUUUGAUAUUCAUGCCUUACAAGAAAGAUUUUAUUUCUCUGACAACAUCAUUCCAAGACUUGAGUCAGCAGUUCCAUUAUUACUGAGAGAGGUUGAUAGAAUGGCAGACAAAGAUAACAUAGCAUAUGCCUUCCCAGAUGAUGGAGCUUGUAAAAGAUUUCAUCACUUUUUUGGUGAUGAUAACCCAAUCACAUGUGUUAAAAUAAGAGAUGGGAACAAGAGAAUCGUUAAAGUCAAAGAUGGAAAUCCAGAAAACAAACAUGUAAUAAUAGUUGACGAUCUUGUACAGACUGGGGGUACAUUGAAAGAAUGUGGAAAGGCUUUACUGGAAAAAGGAGCAAAGUCUGUAAGUGCUUAUGUGACACAUCCGGUUUUCCCAAAUGACUCAUGGAAGAGGUUUGUUGAUUCAGAUGUUAAAUUUGAAAAUUUUUGGAUCACAGACUCAAUACCUCAUGCUAGAGAGAUAUGUGAACACCCUCCAUUUAAACUGCUGUCAUUGUGUGAUCCUAUUGCUGAGAUGUUGAUGGGAUAUGAUCUCAUGCCUUGCAGAUAGUGUCUGUUACUGGUGUUUGUCAUGUGUUUGUCAUGUAAACUACACAAUUGUUCCAGCAAACAUGAAAGUAUUGUGAUCUCAUUUACUGCUGAUAUUACAAUUUGUUUUACAUUUUAUAUUAAGAAAAACAGCAAAUAGGUUUGAUAUGUUCUGAUAAUCAUGUAAUUUAGAUUUAGUAGUAAAUUGUUGUUGAUUCUAUAGAUCAUAGAUUUUGUUAUGGACUAGUUUUAUUGUUAUUUUUUAUAUAUAUUAUUGAUAGAUUUAUUGUACAGUACUAAUAAAUGUUAUACUAUAUUUUACAUUUUGCGAAGAUGAUUUUUCUAAAAAUCUAUUUCAUUUCGUUUCCUAGGAUAAUGAUUCACCUUAUUUUUUUAUUGGAGCUUACAAAACUUGGGAAAAAAAUGUAUUCAUGUCUGAAACUAAUGUCUAAAAACUUAGAAUGAUGGGUAGAUUUGUUUGGAGAGCCACCACUUUAGAUAAAAAAAAUAACUGUUUUCCAAUCACAAAGUACAGCCUGUCGGGAAAACACAUUUCUUUUGUCCAAUCUUUCCAGCAAUUUUUUGUUUCAAAUUUUUUGUUUCCAGACUUCAGAAUUUAGUUAUUUUUCAGCAAAACUUGUAAAAAUUCUACAAUGAUAAGUCACAAGUAUUGCAUCCAAUCCAUUUGAGACAUUGAUCAUUUCUCGAGACUUAAUAAUCAAAUUCUAAAUUUUCCAUUGUGAGAUAUGAACAUUUUUGUAGUGACAGGUUCAUAAAUUGUCAAAUGGACCACUUGGUAUUUUUUUUUAAAUGUACAUCCUUCUAUAUAAAAUUUUGAUAAAUAACUACCUAUGUGUAAAUUCUUGUCUUGGUCAUUAUUCAGUGAAUGAAUUAUUCUUCAGUAAUUUUUCAUUCUUUUUAUGUCAAGGUAAACAUUAUCAUACCAAACUGUUAUUUGCCUAUAUAGGUCAACUUAUAAAAUGCGGUUUAACCCAUUUCCAUAAAUUUGUAAAAUACAA